UUGUGAUGACCGUAAAUGACAGCAAUAAUUGUCAACAUUUGUAAAACUCAUCAUUUAUUAGACAACUAUUUUUAAAAGCUAUUAUCGACCUAUUAUUCAAUCAAUAAUUAAYUGUUUUUAUCAAAUAAAAUGUCUUAUAUUAAUAGUUAAGACAAUAAUAGCGUAUUCAACAUAACUAAGCAGUGAUUUCUAUAAAUGUAUUGUUGAUUACGGCUAUUGUGUUGUUGUGAGUGAUGUAAAGCACRUGUAGUGUUGACGACAACUACAGACUCGCCCUUACAUUGCAUUCAAGUUGUUGUCAAACUUAUACAUGACUUUCACAUGAAAACCAUUGCUGAAGUCAAGUGUCACUCAUAGAGUGAUCGACCACUUACUCAAUGAUCACAAAUAACAUAAUUGGACUCAAAUGAGUGGUUAUAAAGAUAAACACAUUUAUACCACUUGAAGACAUCUGUCAUCGCAUCCGGUUAUUGUCCGAACAGUACUUAACUUUUCAUUUGUCAUAUUUGUGUUUAUUUAUUGGUUUGUUUGCCAUCACAUCCACUAAAGACAAUGUCAUUAAACGAUAGUAUUUUGAAUGAAACGUUUGACACUUUGUUGAAGAGCACUGUYUAUGGAGACGACACACCGGGUCUUCAGCAGUUGGCCACACAAAGUACUAAUAUAUCAUCAAAUAUAAGCGAUUAUUUGAUAGAUUUGUCAUCAACUGGUGAUUAUCACGUUUGUGUGGACGGCGUAAUCAUACCGUUUUGGCCACAUUAUGAUAGCACUGGACUUAUUAUAUUUCACGGCAUUGUCUACUUGUUGGCACUUAUUUACAUCUUUGUUGGCGUCGCCAUAAUAGCCGAUCGUUUUAUGGCAGCCAUAGAGCAGAUCACAUCUCAAGAACAGGAUGUGAUUGUCCGCAAACCGAACGGCGAUAAAGAGAUAAUAUCGGUUCGCAUUUGGAACGAAACGGUGUCUAACCUAACACUCAUGGCUUUGGGUUCUUCAGCGCCCGAAAUACUACUUUCGGUGAUCGAGAUUUGCGGCAACAACUUUCGGGCCGGCGAUUUAGGUCCCGGAACUAUAGUGGGUUCGGCCGCUUUCAAUAUGUUUGUUAUAAUAGCCAUCUGUGUAUGGGUUGUACCAAAAGAGGCCAAAAAGAUCAAGUUUUUGCGUGUCUUCUGCAUAACAAUGACUUUCUCUGUGUUUGCCUACAUAUGGCUGUUGUAUAUCUUGAUCUGGUCUUCGUAUGGAAUCAUCGAAAUAUGGGAAGCAUUCCUCACAUUCUUAUUCUUUCCGAUUACAGUUCUCAUUGCAUACAUCGCUGACAAACGAUUACUUAUAUAUAAGUAUUUAGACAAAAGAUAUCGUAUGAAGAGAGGACGCAAAGAAAUUUAUCAACACUCAGACGUCAGCGACGGUGAAAAUGUCGAAUUAAAUUCUGUUGAAACAAACGGUAUUAAAGUUAAGGUAAACGAUGUGGAAAUUGAUGGAGACUUUAAGUAUAUUGAUGCCAAUGAUGAAGAUUUGCAAAAUAUUGAAGAUCAUAGAGAAGAAAUUGUAAGCGUUUUGCGAGAUAUUAAACAAAAAAAUCCUAACGCAUCCACUGAAGAAUUAGAAGAAUUGGCCCGAAAAGAGUUGGAUAAACUACAGCCUAAAAGUAAAGCUUAUUAUCGCAUUCAAGCGGCGCGAAGACUAAUGGGAAAUGUGACUGAAUUGGUAAAGGAUCACAUCCUCAAGUCAAUCAACGAAGACUUUGAUGGACCGGAUGAUAAUAAGGAUGACAAUAGCAUUAAAAUAUUUUUUAACCCUAAAGAGUAUACAGUUUUAGAAAAUAUCGGAACUUUUCAGUUAACUAUUAGUCGUUCGGGUGGUCUCGAGUCAACUAUUUUAAUUGAUUACACCACUGAAGAUGGAACUGCUAAGAGUGGCUCUGAUUAUGAGGCUAUUAGUGGAACGUUAUCUUUUGGUCCGGGAGAGCAACACAAACAGAUAUCUGUUAAAAUUAUUAACGACGAUAUCUAUGAAGAAGACGAAAAUUUUUAUGUCCGACUUUCUGCGGGUCGUUAUUUAACACCAGUUUCUGAAAGUGAUAUUCGACCAAACAUUUUAAUAUCAGACUCUGAGGCAAAAGUGACAAUUCUUGAUGACGACCACAGCGGUGUCUUCUCUUUUACUAAUAAUAUUAUUCAAGUACCUGAAUCUGUUGGAGAUUACCGCUUGAAAGUUUCCCGUUUUGUCGGAGCUCGUGGUCACAUAGCACUUCCAUUCAAGACAAUUGCCGGGACUGCUAAACCUAAUAUUGACUUUAGAAUGAUGGACACGAAGAUUGAAUUUGCAAAUAAUGAGACACAUAAAGAGAUUAUCCUUAAUAUUAAUAAUACUGACAGUUACGAGAAAAAUGUAGCUUUUUAUGUGGAAAUAGGUCAGCCAUAUCGGGUCGACUCAAACAAGAAUAUUACCGAUGAUAAGGGAGCCCCACGUUUAGGAGAGCUCGUCAAAUGCACCGUUAGAAUAAGGGAAAGUCGGGACUUUAAAGCAACGGUAGAUAAGUUGAUGCGUCAAAAGAAAGCAGUGACAGCAAUCAGUUCUGCCUCAUGGGAAGGACAGUUCUAUGAAGCUGUGAGAGUGCCGUCACUCACCGCUUCCAAAGAACCCGAAGAUGAAGGUGAUGUUAUAGUUGUCAAGAAGAAAUCGAUCCUAUCUUAUAUUGUCCACUAUUUGACACUGUUUUGGAAAAUCUUGUUCGCUUGUGUUCCGCCACCUUAUCUCUGGAAUGGUUGGGCGUGUUUUAUAGUGUCCAUUAUAGUUAUCGGUUUACUUACAGCCCUUAUUAAUGACUUGGCCUCACAAUUUGGUUGUACUAUCGGAUUAAAAGAUUCGGUAACUGCUAUUUCAUUAGUAGCAUUGGGCACAUCAGUUCCCGAUACAUUUGCUUCCAAAAUAGCGGCUCUUAAUGACAAAUAUGCCGAUUCGUCCAUUGGAAAUGUGACCGGAAGUAAUGCGGUUAAUGUAUUUUUGGGUAUAGGAGUCGCCUGGACUAUAGCUGCUGUAUAUCACGCUGUUGUAGGAACUCCAGGAGGUUUUGCAGUAGAUCCGGGAAAUCUGUCAUUUUCGGUGACUAUAUUCUGUUUAUCGGCUUUGGUUUGUGCCGCAACUCUAUUGGCUCGACGAUCCAAAGUAGUUGGCGGCGAAUUAGGCGGUCCUAUGAUUUACAAAUUGCCGACAACUAUACUGUUUGUAUCUCUUUGGCUCUUCUAUAUCAUUAUUUCCAGUCUUGAGGUCUAUCAUUAUAUCAAAAUCUAAACACUUGUAUAUAAAAUAUAUUUUAGUAUUUAAAAGGUGUCUAAAGGGCUUUUGGUUGGUUAACUUGUGUUUUACACAUU